AUGGGCUUUUUCCCAGAAUUCCUCAAUGACUCGUCCGCACACUACGAUGGCCCUGGUUUGAAGGUCCCUCUUCCCCGGGCAGGAUUCAUCACGCUGUCCCUCCUCAUGGCCGUUUUCUCCAUCACAUCUGUCGUGUUGAACGCUACAGUGAUAGUCGUCACCCUGCGGCACAAACAGCUGCGGCAGCCGCUCAAUUUUGCCCUGGUCAACCUCGCCGUGGCCGACCUGGGCACCACACUAACAGGAAGCGUGCCAUCUGUGGUGACCAAUGCUGUGGGCUACUACAUUACGGGACGGGUCGGUUGCGUAUUGGAGGGAUUCUGUGUUGCAUUUUUUGGUAUCUCCGCGCUGUGCACCGUGGCUCUCGUCGCAGUGGAGCGUGUGUUCGUGGUGUGUAGGCCUCUGGGUUCCAUCACGUUUCAGAGCAGACACGCCGCGGGAGGACUGUUGUCCUGCUGGCUCUGGUCUCUGAUCUGGAACACUCCGCCUCUGCUGGGCUGGGGGAGCUACCAGCUGGAGGGAGCGGGAACGUCCUGCGGGCCACACUGGCAGAGUCGAGAACUCAGAGACGUUUCUUACAUCAUCUGCUACUUCUCCGUCUGCUUCGCGGUGCCAUUCGCCAUCAUCCUGGUGUCGUAUUCAUGGCUGCUCUACACGCUAAGACAAGUGGCUAAGGUUGGCGGUGGAGCGGCAGCACGGGCAGAAGCUCGGGUGGCAUGGAUGGUGGUGAUGAUGGUGUUGGCGUUUCUGGUGAGCUGGUUGCCUUACGCUGCUCUCGCUCUAACCGUCGUCUUCAAACCUGAGGUCCAGCUGGCCGUGCUGGUCAAGGUUUUACCAAUAUACAUGGCCAAGAGCAGCACUAUAUACAACCCCCUGAUCUACAUAUACAUGAACAAACAGUUCCAGAGGUAUGCAAUACCAUUUCUGAUGUGUGGAAAGGACCCUUGGCCUUCAGAGGACGACGUAUCUGAAGUUCAGACUGUCGUUUCUCCAUCAAACAACAAAAUCAGCCCAGACUGA